UGUGGGGACGAUGAGGGGACCCAGACCAGUCUAACCUGUGGUGGACCAACCAGAGGCUUCAGGAGAGGAAGGCUUUAACGCCGUUGGCGCCAUGAACAUGUGACACCAAACAGCUCUGACACACUCCUCCUCAGCGCUCUCUCUUCCUCCCCUUCUCCCCCCCUCCUUUCCCAAAAACGACAUCUAUAAAACACGCCCACAGAGACUGACAUACGUUUCCUAAAAAGCUACAUCUGGAUUCCAGGGGAUUUCUGUUUGGAAUAAGGAGUUGAGUUGGGGAACGGAACGCUGUGAUAAAAUUAUCGUAAUUCCCCCUAACCGUCCGCUGGCCUCGUUUUUCCCAGUGAGUCCCAGAGGUACCAACCAAUGGAGAGACGGAGAAGAGAGUCAGGAAAAAGCAGCCAAGAAGUAAAGCAACAAAAAAAAACUGCUGAGUUGGGCAGGGUUGGAAUCUGGAAUUGGGUCCUGUGAGGGUUUUGCUUCUCUGACGUAUCCCCCAGCCUAGAGGAGGAGUCUGCCUAGAAGGAAUCAGACAUAACAACUAUUGUUUACACUUAACAAAAACGAAACUACAGCAGCUGCAGCUGAAGCUAGUCUAGGCCGAGCUACGUCACUGUGUGGAGGAUUUGAACCAAUAGCAGGGUUAUUAGGAUUGGGAUUGUAACCAUGACGAGUGGAUUGAGGUUUUCCGCUUUGCCCAUGGGGCCCUUGGUGUUCCUCAGUCUGCUGGUGACGGCCCGGGCGCUGGAGUUUGGCGGGGCCCCCGGCCAGUGGGCCCGCUACGGGCGCUGGGAGGCGGGCUCGCUGGGCGAGCUGAGCUUCAGCCUCAAGACCAACAUCAGCAAGGCUCUGUUGCUCUAUCUAGACGACGGCGGCAACUGUGACUUCAUGGAGCUCCUGAUCGCCGGAGGGCGCCUCCAGCUGCGCUUUGCCAUCCACUGUGCCGAGCCCGCCACUUUACACAUGGAAACCCAGGUCAACGACGACCGCUGGCACAUGGUGCUCCUCACCCGCAACUUCCGCGAGACUCUGCUGAUGGUGGACGGCGAGACCAAGAUGGCGGAGGUCAAGUCCAAGCGGAAGGAGAUGGCGGUGGUCAGCGACCUGUUUGUGGGCGGCAUCCCGCCCGACGUGCGCCUCUCAGCCCUCACCUCCAGCACGGUGAAGUACGAGCCCCCGUUCCUGGGCCUGAUCUCCAACCUGAAGGUGGGAGAGACACCCCCCACCCUGCUCAACAGCCAGGGCAUCCAGAGUGACAUGGAGUACCUGUGCACCAAGCAGAACCCCUGCCUCAACGGAGGUUUCUGCUCCAUCCAGUAUGGCGAGGUACACUGUGACUGCACGCACACUCGCUACAAGGGGAAGUACUGCAAGGAAGACAUCAGGGGGAUUAUCCUGCCCCGUUCGCCGCCACGAUCCCACAAUCCCACAAUCCCCACAUCUCUGUUCGUUUGUUGUUGGACCCAGGAGGCCCGCCGCCACGAGAAGCACCAAAAGAAGCAGCUUGUGACCCGCUGUUUAAUUAAAAGGAUGAGUGAUGCUCCGCUGCCACCCACGACCUUCCUCCCCAUCCCUCCUACCCAUGAUGGGAGUUGA